UCACUUUAUCAUCCUCUCUCUAUCCCCACCGAAACCCUAGCCCCCAAAUCAGAAACCCCUAAUUUGCACUCUCUCUCUCUAAUAGUAUUUUCACCAUGGCGAAAAAGCGAAAAACCAGAGCUUCAGAAUCAACACAAUCAGUUGAAGACAUUAAACAAGAACCCGAUGUUGUUGAAGAACCCGAACCCGAGGCCGCACAUGAAGAAGAAGUAGAAUACGAAGAAGAAGAAGAAGAGACAGUACAAGAAGAAGACGAAGAAGAACCAGAUCCCGAAGAUGAAGAUAACGAUGAUGAAGAAGAAGAAACACCUGGAUCUGGAAACGACGCCGUUAAGUCUGUUAACGACCAACAACAACUUAACGGUGGCGAUGAGGUUAAAAAGGAAGGGGAUGAAGAGGAUUUGGAAGAUGAGCCACUUGAGAAGCUUCUAGAACCUUUCACAAAGGAUCAACUUACAGCUCUUAUCAAAGAAGCUUUAGCUAAAUACCCUGAUUUCAAAGAAAAUAUUCAAAAAUUGGCUGAUAAAGAUCCGGCACACAGGAAAAUCUUUGUGCACGGCUUAGGUUGGGAUACCACGGCCGAAACCUUGACUAGUGUGUUUGGAAAGUAUGGGGAAAUUGAGGAUUGUAAAGCAGUUACUGAUAAGGUUUCGGGUAAAUCAAAAGGUUAUGGCUUUAUAUUGUUUAAACAUCGAAGUGGUGCUAGGAAAGCUUUGAUUGAACCACAGAAGAAAAUUGGUACAAGAAUGACUUCUUGCCAGCUGGCAUCUGCCGGGCCUGUCCCGGCCCCGCCACCUACUGCUGCAGCUCCAUCGGUUUCGGAGUAUACACAAAGGAAGAUUUUUGUUAGCAAUGUGGCUGCUGAUCUUGAUCCUCAAAAGUUGUUGGAGUUUUUCUCAAAGUUUGGUGAAGUUGAGGAAGGUCCACUUGGAUUGGAUAAGCAAACUGGGAAGCCUAAGGGGUUCUGUUUGUUCGUUUAUAAGAGUGUUGAGAGUGCAAGAAAGGCAUUAGAGGAGCCACAUAAGAGCUUUGAAGGGCAUACACUUCAUUGUCAGAAGGCGGUUGAUGGGCCAAAGCAUAACAAGAAUUACUAUCAGCAGCACCAGCCGCAGUCACAACAGCAUUACCCUCAGCAUCAUCAUCAACAACAGUAUUAUCAGCAUCCUGCCAAGAAGGGGAAAUAUUCAGGUGGCAGUGGCAGUGCAGGAGGAUCAACUGGGCAUUUGAUGGCGCCAUCAGGGCCUGCACCUGUGGGAUACAAUCCUGCUGUUGCAGCUGUGACCCCAGCUCUUGGGCAGGCACUGACGGCCCUGUUAGCUACCCAAGGAGCUAAUUUGGGGAUUGGGAAUUUGCUUGGAGGUCUUGGUGGGCCAGUGAAUCCUCAGGGUGUGCCACCGGCGAUGAACAAUGCAACAGGAUAUGGUGCCCAGGGUGCUGUUGGUGGCUAUGGAGCUCAGCCAGGGAUGCAGUACCAAAACCCACAGAUGCAGGGUGGUGCUAGACCACAAGGUGGUGGUGCACCUUACUCAGGCUAUGGAGGUCACUAGGAAAACUUAAGGUAUCAGUAGUGCAAUGGUUGUACUUCCAAGGAAGUGGGUGGAAUCCAAACAAGGGUAUGAUGCAAGAAACACUCCUUGUAGCUCUGAUGUUUUGCAUCCGGGGGCUGAUCUGGUUCUCCUGUCACUUGAAGUAGAAGUCUGGUCAAGAUGGAUGCCCGGUCAGAUAUGCAGUAUUUUAGUAUUGUUUCUACUCUGAGGACUUUGUGUUGUAUUGAUAUUUUAUAGAAUGAUGGCAAAAUGCAUAUAGGACAUGACAUUUUUGGCAUGAGGUGGUGAUAACUUCCAGUUCUGUCAUGGAGAAGCCUUCUCCCAAUUCUAAACCAGCAUGACGAUUUGGUUGAGUAGAAUUCUGUUUGCUUCGUACUCAUCAAAGUUGGGGAAAGAACGAAGUAAAUGUUCUUGUCCUGAGGAAAAUGGAUGUAUAAGAAAUCAACUAUGAAAAGUGGGAUGAGCUAGGCUUUGCUUCUCUUGAUCUCUAAUCACCUUCUAACAUGGAAGUUUGUCACUGUAGUUUUGAGUUUCUAGGUUUGAAUCACAUUUACUAGCAUUGAAAUAUUGUUAGAAUUGGGGCAAGGGAAGGCAGGUUAAUAGCUCUAACAUCUUCUGUGCUCUAGUUAUGAGUUUCUUCA